UUUUGUGAUCGUUACAGUGAUAUCAUGCUGGCCAAGGAGUUGCAGCACGAAUAAUUAGUGUUAAAUAAUUUGCGAAACUGCGACUUAUUUUGCCAUUUUGUUAAAAAUUUCUGCUGCCGCGCGGGGAAACGGCCGGAGCUUUGAGGGCGCUCCGUGUUUUCAAAGCCCGAAAUAAUCGCUGUCAGGAGGACUACUGUUUUGUUGAUGUCAUCCGCGGCAGAGCUGUAGCGACCUUCAAUUUCCAGUCAAGACCGGUAAACAAAGACUGUUUUUUUGGUGUUUUUUUGUUUUGUUUUCUUCGCCAGUGGCAUCAGCAACAAGGAUGGGACUUUGGCUGCGCUGUAUCCUGCUGUUAUGGCUCUUCACUUUCACAGCCGGUUUAGAUUUCCAGCAGAGAAGCAAACCCCUCGGACAGUCGCUUUUUUCCAAGCAGUCAAACAUUGAAGCGAAAGCUGCUAACAUCGUGAAGAGGUCUCUGCCGGCAUGGCUGUCGGCAUCACUAAACCACAAGAGGAGACGAAGAAGCACCGAGCAGGGCGACUCGUGCAAAGCUGUGCAAGGAUCUGACACCAAGUUAACCGGCAACACCCACCGUUACUCCUUCAAUGACUUGAGUGGGUCUGUGUCACUGGCCUGGGUUGGAGUUGGCACAGGGGUCAUCCUGGCUUUGACGACUUUUCAGGUGCCCUUCUUCAUGUUAAGACUCGGCCAGUCCAAACUCUAUCGAAGUGAGAACUAUGGGAAGUCGUUCGAGGAUGUCACCAGCCUCAUCAACAACACCUUCAUCCGAUCAGAGUUUGGCAUCGCUAUCGGGAACUUUGGGAAAGUGAUCCUGACAGGAGAAGUCUCCGGAGGUCAUGCCUCUCGGAUCUUUGUCUCAGAUGACUUUGGAAAGAGUUUCACCCCCAAGGACCUGCCCUUCCUCCCCCUCAUGCAAAUGACAUACAACCCUGAGAACUCCAAUGUGCUGCUGGUCCUCAGCAACAGCUAUGAGCUGUGGCUGUCUGAAGAUUUGGGCAGCAGCUGGAAAAAGAUCCACGACAUGGUGUGUCUUGUGAGAUGGGGAAGGAAGAAUAGCAUCUUCUUUACAGCCAGCCAUAAUGGAUCCUGCGUUGAUCGGGGAAUGCUGGAACUGAAGAGGACGACAGACUACGGUAAAACCAUCAAGACUAUUGCCACAAAGGUCUACUCCUUCGGCCUGGGUGGACGCUUCCUCUUUGCGUCUAUAAUGACGGGCAAGGGCACCCUGAGGAUGAUCCAUGUGUCGGUGGACCACGGUGAGACGUGGAACAUGGCCCAGCUCCCCCCUGUCGGUCACGAGCAGUUCUACUCCAUCCUGGGAGCAAAUGAUGACAUGGUCUUCAUGCAUGUUGACGAGCCAGGAGAUACGGGAUUUGGCACCAUUUAUGUAUCAGAUGACCGGGGCAGUGUGUACUCCAAGUCACUGGAGCGCCACCUUUACACCACCACGGGGGGCGAUACAGACUUCACUAACGUCACCUCCCUGCGAGGAGUUUUCAUCACCAGUGUCCUUGCUGAAGAUAGCUCUGUGCAGUCUGUCGUGUCCUUCGAUCAAGGAGGGGAAUGGGUUCCUCUGCGGAAACCCGCCAACACCAAGUGUGAUGCUACAGCCAAAGACCCUGACAAGUGCACUCUCCACAUCCACGCAGCCUACAGUAUCGCCAUGAGGCUGAACGUCCCCGUGCUGCCUCUGUCUGAACCAAAUGCUGUUGGUCUCAUCUUAGCUCACGGGAGUGUUGGAGAUGCCAUCUCCGUGAUGAAGCCUGAUGUGUAUGUGUCUGAUGAUGGGGGUUAUACCUGGAUGAAAGCCCUCGAUGGGCCCCAUCACUACGCUAUUCUGGACUCUGGAGGGCUCCUGGUUGCUGUGGAGCACACCCCCACUCAACCCAUCAACAAGAUCAAAUUCUCUACUGAUGAAGGUCAGUGCUGGGGUGUUUACACCUUUACCCAGGAGCCGAUCUACUUUACUGGGCUGGCAUCAGAGCCUGGAGCUCGCUCCAUGAAUGUCAGUAUCUGGGGCUACAGAGAAUCCCUCCUCAGCCAGUACUGGAUCUCCACCACCAUCGACUUCAGGGAUCUUCUCACCAGAGACUGUGAGGACAAGGACUAUGUACAGUGGUUGGCCCACUCUGAUGACAUCAGUGACCCCAACGAUGGCUGCAUGCUGGGCUACAAAGAGAAGUUCCUGCGUCUCAGGAAGGACUCUGUUUGCUGGAACGGACGCGAUUAUGAGGUCAACACCCAGCCAACCCCCUGCCCGUGCACCCUGGAUGACUUCCUGUGUGACUUUGGAUACUACCGCAAAGAGAACAGCUCGGAGUGUGUGGAGCAGCCGGACCUGAAAGGCAAAGUGCUGGAGUUCUGUCUGCACGGCAAAGAGGAGCAACUACAGACCAGCGGUUACAGGAAAAUCCCUGGAGACAAAUGUGAGGGAGGAAACAUGCCAGAACGUAAAGAGAUCGACCUUAGCAAGAGAUGCGUGAGCGACCUGGUGGGCCCUGAACUCCUGGUAGACACUCGCUCCUCUAAGUCUGUACCCAUCGUGAUAACAGUCUGCAUUGUCAUGCUACUGAGCGUUGCAGCCGGGGUCGUCUUCGUCAAGAAAUACGUCUGUGGGGGCAGGUUCUUGGUUCACAGGUACUCGGUUCUGCAGCAGCACGUCGAGGACAACGCUGUUGAUGAGAUGGACGACCCGCUGGAGACCAACCAUACUACACAAAAUGGCAAGAUAGAGUUUCACGAAGACUCAGAUGAGGACCUGCUGGAAUAGCAGGAACAACCUGUCCUGCAACAGAGCAGCAGGUUUCCAGCUCAUCCCAUGGCCCGACGCUGCUCCCGUCUCUCUUUUGUCUCCAGCUACUUCUUCCUUUCACCUUCUAGUAUGAACUUUGGCCCCAGCUACCAGACGAAAGAGUCUGCGUCACUCUGCUGUCAUCUAUGAAGUAUAAUGAAUGUACGGAGACUUCCUGGGAUAAUGCCGCAGCUGAGGAGGAAGGAGGUCUUGUAGUGUCGUGCUUCAGUUGUUGAUUCUGUUGAUUGAGUUCGAGUCUCCAAGUUAUUUAUUUUAGGGAACGAAGAACUGGCGCAGUAAUUUGAACUGCUGACAGAGUUUUUUUGGUUUCGAAGAAAAGCUAGUUGUGUAAAUCCACCACCAUUGCAUUACGGGUCCUGCCUCUCCCAUCAGCUGGGAGUGCUCCUGGAAAUACUUCUCACCUCUGUUGAAGAUCUGUGUCCUUUUUCUCGUGCACUUGUACAUAAACCUUUUCCUUUGCCAUUUUUGACAUGGUAUCAAUUUGGUAGGCGUUAAAAAGGUUGCUGUUGGUAGCUGGUUAAGAACUGUCCCAAACCAUUUGAGUCUUAAUCCCUACUUUGAACAAAGUAUUUGUUAGUUAAAAAGUGAGCCCCAGAUGGCCGAGAGUGUGUAAAUUUGAGGUUUUUCGGCCCUCUCCUCCUCUCUGGGUGCUGAUUUGUGAAAUCCCCUGUGUGUAUUUGGAAUACAAGCCUGCAUACGUUUUACUCUGUGGCUUUAAGAUCCACAGUUGAAGUAAUAAAAUGCGAGUGCAAAUGUCCUUUUGCAAAAGGUUUGACAGCAAUAACAUGUUUAGGUUCAGCAUAUUGUUCUUGCAUGUUAAAUAAUCCUAAUGGCACAAUAAUGUAUCCAGUUGCUCUGUUUGAUGAUUGGAGAUGUGACUGCGUGAAACACAUUCACAAAUGCAUCAAUGUACAGGAUGGUGAAGUGUGUCUGUUUAAAGACAGGGUUUGUUCAAAAACGCGUCUGCAGUUCUAACUGCCCAAAGCACAAGGUCCUUUGUAAGCUUAGAGUUUGUAGUUUUUCCUAAAUGUGACCUAAUGAUUAAGACUGUAAUAAUCACUGUAGUCAUACACGAGUCGUGUUUAUAAUCAUCUGAGCAGUUUUUGUACUAACAAAUCUUUGAAUUCAUGUAACAAAUUGCAGUUUGAAGAUGUUCGGAAAUGACAUUAAUAAUAGUUUGAUAGUAAAUAUCCACAGAUAUUUUUACAUCAGAUUCAGAAAACUUCGAUAUGGUUUGUUGACAGAAGCACAGUAGCAAUGCUAAAAACUAUUCAAUCAGGGACUGUGCUUAAUUUAUUAGGGCAGGGGGUGGCUGGGGUGCAACUUUGCUUUUUUGCUUCUUUUUAAAUAGUGUAAUUUUGGAGAAUUUUAAAGUAAACUUGGAUUUAAAACUCACUCGUGGGUUUUGCGGUUCUCACGGUAUUGAAAAGAAAUACAAAAUGCAACCAUGUAAAGUUGAAUGGCCCUUCCUUAAGCCAAAUUAAAAUACAUAACUCCCUCCUCAGUGCUUAAAAAAUAAUCUGAAGUGCCCCCAUUUUGCACCACCCUCUCCCCUCUCAUAAAUAAAAAACAGUCCCUAAUGUAAAUGUUGUAUAGCAUAAUUAACACUGUAGCCGAUUAGAGUUAACAGACAUGGCUGUUGGACUUUUUUAAAUUGGUAUUUGGAAAUUCACUAAAACAACAUGGUUAUUGAAAGUUUCUCAUUUUACAGUAAACUGCUGUUUUUCUUCUUUCUAAUCAAACUGCUGAAAUUUUGAAAAUGGUUUUUUUUGGCUAAUGCCGCUGAUCGAAUCUGUCCUGUCUAUCACGUCAUGUCUUACAGGGCUUUUUUUUUCUUCUUGUAAACAUUUAUUGCACAAUUUUUGUCUGUCUUGUGUUAAAUAUGUUGCUUUAAUACAGGUUUAUUUAUUUGUGAUUUGCAGGUUCAGAGUGCAGUGAACUGGAUGUGGUUAUACAAGUGCCUGGUGUGAGGAUAUGAUGCUCCCCAUGUGUGGCCAGCAUCUAUUUACUGAUUAUUAUUUAUAUCAACUAAUGUGUAACCAGUUCCAUCCAGUUUGUCAGAGACACCUCGAAGUUGCACUUGUUGCCUAAGAUGAAUUGAGCGGUGACGGACAUGUGUGUGUUUUGAACAGCAUGUUAACUCUCAAUAUUUAAAUCCACAGAGCGUUGUGAAGAAAAUAGCCUACGAUAACCUGGUUAUUCUCUCUGUCAUGUCUUGGCAUGAUGCAUAAUUAUAAAUGGUGUUUUGACGAGAGAGUCAACUCAAUUCAAACACAGAGUGGAUACAGGGUUAUUAUGUAGCUGCUAUACUGGGAGACACUUAGCGAGUUAUUUUAUGAUGGUUUACUGCAUUAAGUGAAAGUAACAUAUUUUUCUUACAGUUUAAAACUGCUGUAUAAAUUAAGUCAUUGUGAUGGUUCUGUAAAUAUACAAGGUUACAUCUUUGUAUCUGCUAUGUUUCUUUCUUCUGUAUAUUUGAGGCAAUUUUCUUUGGGUUUGCCAAUAAAUUCAUAUGUUCCUCUA